AUGGCGGAACCGAAUACCCUCAUCUCACCACCAACCCCGCAAUUGCUCGACAAUUCGUCGGGCAAGGUUAAGACCGUCCAGCUCUGGGACAAAAGCAAGGAUGAUUUGAUGAAGCAGCUCGGCGAGCUAAAGACUGAGCUCGGCCAGCUGCGCAUCCAGAAGGUCGCUUCUUCUGGCAGCAAGCUGAACAAGAUCCACGAUCUGCGCAAGUCAAUCGCUCGCGUCCUGACCGUCAUCAACGCCAAGCAGCGCUCCCAGCUCCGCCUCUUCUACAAGAACAAGAAGUACGCCCCUCUGGACCUCCGAGUCAAGCAGACCCGUGCCAUCCGCCGCCGACUAUCACCCGAGGACAAGGCCCGCGCCUUGGAGAAGACCAAGAAGCGCAACACUCACUUCCCUCAGCGCAAGUUUGCUAUCAAGGCCUAA